AUGGCCUUCCUCCUGCUGGCCGCUUUUACGCCUAUGCUUCAAGUUAUCUGGCCUGCCAACCGAGGAGCGCCAGAGACGAUAAAUGCACCGGCCCAUACACCAGAAGACACCCAUAAAAGUGUAGAAACGGCCCAGGAAGCAAAGGAUGAAGGAGCAAAAGUCGAUUCCGACCAUCAAUCUCAUCGGGGAAACAGACGGAAUUCCAUUAUAGACUGCAUCCCCGGCCUGUCAAAGUUCAAGUGCCCGGUGACCAUCUGGUCUCGGUCUAGUUCGAGUCCUUACGAUGCUGCUCCGCUGUUUUAUAUAUAUAGAGAGGACGGUACCAAAGUGCCCCUGAUACCUUUGGACGAGCUACCUCCCGGCCUCAAAGUCGGAAGACAGAAUUGGUACCACCGCUUCUGGUUACGGUAUAUGAUUCCUGCUUCUCUCGGCAAGUACCCGAAGAAAGGAGAGUAUGAAGUUAUCAUUCAGACUGGCACACGACUCAAGCCGCGGAUAUUAAGGACACCGAGUGGUCGCAUGUCUCCGGGCCAACAGGACUUGAGUAGCCCAGUUCUCGAAUGCUGCAGCUGUGCAGGUGGAAAUAGCUGCACACGAGAGGGUAUCUGCAUUUACUCUCAGCGCCCAAGCAACGCAGGAAGAGUCUCUUUGAAAACUCCUUUGUCGGCACCUCCCAGUAGAGGACGGGGUAACCGUUCAAGAAAGCCAAGCACUCCGCCAAACUCCUUAACCGCGGAUGUGUCCAGGGCCCAAAGCAUCAAUAAAAAGGGCAACGCAGCGGAAAUAGAUGGGUUUCGUCUACAAAGAGGAUUGGACAGGUUAGCUCGCCAACAGUCGCUUACAUCGCGCAGCAGCGUAUCGGACUCUCCUAUGGUCCUAUUGGAUCUCGACUCCGUGAAGGGAACCUACAGCGAUGGGUCUGUCACACCUGCAUCGGUUGCAAACGAUAUUGCACAACAAGAUAUGGAUUCACUGAGACUUCUGAAUAGUGCUCCAUCACAGCUGGGCAGAGACGAGGAGCCGAAUAUAUCUCAUAGCCAGACAAUGCCAUGA